AUGGUCAGCAGCCGUGAAUACCAGUCAACGUGUCACUAUACGCGAAGUAUCGGUAAGCGUGGUCGUAAACCAAAGUCAGCGAAUCGAGUGCAGCAACCACAGCAGGACCGAGAGCCCGACUCUUCAGAAGCUGAUUGUGAUGUUGAGCAAAACACACCGCAUCCACGGCCAGAGCAGAACGGGACAUUUGACGUGCAGGGAAGUCCUGGUCUCCCCACGAAUCCCCAUGACACAGUCUCGUCGCAUUAUUCAUCGAGCCACUCAUCGCAUCAUGAUGCUGUAUCUCUUGACAUACCAGCCGAGUCAAUACCGGCACCGACCUUCGAUCAGCUGUACCAUGUAACCGACAUACAGCCUUCUUAUCCUCUCCCCGAUUUCGACCUCGCAGUCCAUCAUGGCGCUGACUCUGUCCACGAGUCGCCCGCCCGCGAGCGAGCGUCAACCGUCACACAGAGCUUGCCAUCUCCUGGAUGUCGUUACAAGUGUCUUGAGCCAAUCAUUCCCUUGCUACACGGCAUCAUCGACGCCAGGCUUGUCUGCGAGUUAUUCGAGCUCUACUUUGUUGAGCCUGGGGGAUCUUUAUUCAAAUCUUCUUCUCCAUAUGUUCUAGCACACGUCAUGCGAAAGGAAUCACUGCUUCGAACCGAUAACCCACGAACAUGUACGCCAGCUUUACUGGUAACCAUGCUGUGGAAAGCGAUCGUUUGUGAAGGGCUGAGGAAGUUGAUGAUGGGCUUGAUUCAGGGGAGGGAUCGUGAUGUUUGGAACAGAACUACCAGUGGCCCCCUUGUGAGAGAUCUUGAGUAUGCAACGACUGGAGAUCAAAAUCGGCAGGAGUACCAUGUCGGAUCAACCUUUAUCGUCUCCCCACCAGUACCUCUAGUUGACGACGUCCUAAUGUUCAUCCUCAUCACCAUCGUCUCUUCAGGCGGGGACUUCAAGACAGACUGCCUCCGAUGGUGGAAUAAGGCACUACGGCUGUCUCAUAACAUGGGACUAAACAGAGAAGACUCACCCGAGAACAGCUUUACACAGUCGGAGACAUCUCUGUGCACGAGUCAAACAACUUCUUGCGGUUGUAGGCCCUGCGAAGCUUCUCGCACAGGCUUGAGCAUAGCGGAAGUCCGAGAAGAGCGUCGAAGAGCAUUUUGGUUAAUCUUUUGUCUAGAUCGUCACUUGGCUCUAUCGUACAAUGCGCCACUGCGCAUCCUCGACGAUGAAUGCCAAUUGCAUGUGCCGCUUUCGGAUGAGGCUUGGGCAGCAUUAUCGACGGGACAAAACCCUGUCGAUGCAGCCUUUGGUAAUAGCUCACAUUCGGCGGAUUUCGGCACUCCAACGCGUAUCACAGGGACUGGGUUCUUCGAAUACUUUCUACCACUCAUGACAAUCCUUGGAGAUGUUAUUCAACUACACAGACAGAAAUCCCAUCCAAGAUUUGGCAGUAUUCGAAGACCUCAGGUUAAUGGGCAUGAGGAAGAAGACGACCCAGCUACGGCAAUGAUAGAGCAAGUCAUGGCGCAGUGUGCACAGAGCAUAACCGACCUGGCCGGUGCAUACCAGGUCGAUGCCCUUGAUGCCUCAACUAUACCAGCGAGUCAAGUGCGCACGCCUCAAUGCGCGAUAUCACCGCAACAGAGCCACGGCGAUCAUUCCAGGACUUCAAAUACCGCCAGCCACGCCUCAUCACAUCGUCAACAUGCGCAAGCUCAGCUUGUCACUGCAUACAGUACAUUCAUAUUGCAUGUCCUUCAUGUCCUUCUCCACGGGAAGUGGGACGCCGUUUCGAUGCUGGAUAAUAAAGAUGGCUGGAUACCAUCUGUAGGCUUCAUGAAGUGUGCAUCUCAUGCGAUAGCAGCGUCUGACGCCAUGUCGCGAAUUCUGAUGUGUGACCCGGAGCUUUCUUUCAUGCCAUACCUUUUUGGCAUUUAUCUUUUGCAUGGAAGCUUCAUCUUGUUGCUUUUCGCGGAUCGAAUGCCUCAGAUUGGACUGAACGAGUCCGUCGAAAAGGCUUGUGAGAUUAUUAUACGAGCGCAUGAGGUUUGUGUUGUCACUUUGAGCACCGAGUUCCAGGUAUAUUUCCCCAUGCCAUCUAUCGAAGCGGCAAUUUUCUUGAACCCUUCAGAUACUAAUUGUCAUAUGUAG